AUGGCUCGUGUGAUUCUUCUGCCAGAAUGGUCCUCCAGCUGGCUGCCGUGGGUGGUGGCCAGCCACCAGCAGUGCCACUUUAACCAAUAUUUGGUAUUUAACCAACACCCCAGACAGUUUGCCAAGCCCUUUAGUGCCACUGGCCCAGACUCCAGCCGCUGCUAUGUCCCGCUACUUGUGCCCCCCAAAACGUCUCUGUUCAUCAGGAACGUGGCCGAGGAUACCAGAUCUGAAUAUUUACAUCGGAAAUUUGGUCGUUAUGGUCCAAUAGUAGAUGUUUAUGUUCUACUUGAUUUCUACACUCGAUGGCCAAGAGAAUUUGCAUAUGUUCAAUUUGAGGAUGUUUGUGAUGCUGAAGAUGUUUUACAUAAUUUGGACAGAAAAUGGAUUUGUGGGCAUCACAUUGAAAUACAGUUUGCACAAGGGGAUUGGAAGACACCAAAUCAAAUAAAAGCCAAGGAAGGGAGGAAUGUCUACAGCUCUUCACGAUAUGGUGAUUAUGAUCGAUAUAGACAUUCUAGAAGCCAAAGUUAUGAAAGGAGGAGAUCAAGUAGUUGCUCUUUUGAUUACAACUAUAGGAGAUCUUACAGUCCUAGAAACAGUAGACCAACUGGAAGACCACAGUGUAGCCGAUGCCAUUCUGACAAUGAUAGAGCAAACUGCAACUGGAAUACCCAGUACAGUUUUGCCUACGACACUUCAAGAAAGAUCUGA